UACUACACCAGCGAGAUGCAGAGGGUGGAGCCUCGCCCAGUGUGGAUGGCACAGAACAAGGAUCUGGAGUUCUGGAACGAGAUGACAUGGUGGGCACAGCGCCACCAGAAAUGGUACAACGGGAGUCUGAACACCCUGGGUCAGCUCUACAACCGGACCGAGGGUUUUCACAUUAUCCAGACAAUAUUCGGCUGUGAUCUCCGGGAAGACAACACCACUCAGGGGUUUUAUCAGGAUUCGUAUGACGGACGAGACUUUCUUACCUUCGAUAAGGAGACCAUGACAUGGGUAGCAGCAGAUAUUGGGGCUCAGAUCACCAAGAGGAGAUGGGAUGCUGAAGUGUUUGACAACCAGUACUGGAAACUCUACCGGGAGGAGAAAUGUAUUUCCUGGCUAAGGAGUUCUCUAGAGUACGGGAAGGAGACUCUGCAGAGGAAAGUGCGCCCAACAGCUAGAGUGAGUGAUAGGUCAUCUCAUGACGGCCUCACCACCCUCUCUUGUAAGGUCAGUGGGUUCUACCCCCGGGACAUCACCGUGACCUGGCUGAGAAAUGGAGAGAGCAGAGAGCAGGAGACCUACUCUGAAGGCAUCCUACCCAGUGGGGACGGGACCUACCAGACCUGGGUGACAAUGGAGAUUGAUCCCAAGAUCAAGGCCCAUUAUUCAUGUCACGUGGAACAUGAAAGCCUGUUAGAGCCACUCUCUGUCCCCUGGGAACCAAAUAACAAGCAGAUUUGCACUGUGGCUGGAGUUAUCACUGCAGUUGUCCUGAUGGGUGGUAUAAUCGGAGUAGUCGUCUGGAAAAAGAGACGCCCAGGUAAAGAGAAUGGUGACGGCUACGCUGUAGCCCAGGAUAAGUGA